AUCGACCCUUCCAGUCUCAACGGCCAAAAUGAUGGAGUUCCAAUGGGAACAGCGCGGUGGUCGCGUCAAAUUGGUGGAAAUCGAUGGCGUGGUAAGUGUUGGCAAGGAUAUCUCUGUAGAGCACUUGUUGACAACGCUUAAGAGCCAAGAAGCGCAGGAGUUUGAGCGAAAGCACCAAGAGCGCUGCGCUCUCGAGUGGAUGAAGACACAGAAGUUCUUAGAGAGGCACAAGUUUGACUCUGCAGAUGUGAAUGCCCCCAGGGUCUCAUGGUGGGGUCUCCAACGAACUUACCCACUGCACAAAGCAGUGAUGGUACGAAACUGGGAGAUGAUCGAUUUGUUGAUGAAGUUUGGGGCAAAUCCCCGGCAGAAAUACAGCCAUGGACGAGUUCCGGCUGAUUAUUUCAAUGGCCACGUUCACUAGAGCCGCGAGAUCGCGCGAGAUUUGGGUUCAACAUCCAGGUGUCCGGCACUCACUAAGGGUGCUUCGCAACGUGCAGUGCCCGUCAGAAUUGGGGGAGGAUGAGGCCCAAGGCAUGGAAC